CGAACGAGCUCCAGACCACAAGAUCAUAUGAUUUCAUAACAUCAUAGGAAAGUCUAAUGAAUCCUUUCCAAGACGACAAGGAUGAAGUAGAGGAGUUAAUGCGCAGAGCCAACAGUAACAUCAUGGAUAUUGUUGUUGGGGUCGUGGAUACAGGGAUAUGCCCAGAAUCGCCAAGUUUUACCGACGCCGGAAUGGGUCCUAUUCCUCAAACGUGGAAAGGGAUUUGUCAAGUGGGUGUCGAGUUUCAGACAACCGACUGCAAUAAGAAAUUGAUCGGAGCUCGAUACUUUGUGGCGGCUUACGAGGCGACAUAUGGGCAAGUGAAUCCAGCAGUAGAGUACCGAUCGCCGAGGGACAUGGAUGGCCACGGCACGCACGUUGCAUCGGUCGCAACCGGUCGGGUAAUCGGCAAUGCUGCAGCUGCCGGCGGAUUUGGAUUAGGCACAGUUCAAGGCAGCGACGCCCGUCUAGCCAUAUACAAAGCCUGCUGGGUGAAACCCCCACCCGAAAGCACUACCGGCUGCAAAACUGCCGACGUGUUUGCAGCUAUCGACGCAGCCAUCGACGACGGAGUCGAUGUGAUCAAUCUCUCCCAUGGGAAAAUUCAGGAAUACACAGCAGACGCCAAUGCCGUCAGAUCGCUGCAAGCGGCAAAGUUUGACAUUGCUGUAGCCGCUGCAGCUGGAAAUUUUGGUCCGGAAGCCGGCACUGUGGCUAAUGUCGCGCUGUGGAUGAUCACCGUCGCGGGACAAUCGAUUACGCCGCAGCCCCAGACCCAGAGCUUUGAACUUGUUUACACCGGAAACAUAGAAAUUCCGGGAAGCACAACACCGGAGACCACCGGGCAAUGUCCUCCCGGGACGUUAUCACCCAAAGGCGCGGGAGGACGGGCAGUUGUUUGUUUGAGGGGAAUUGAGUAUCCUCCUCCUAUAGGACAGGUGUAUACAUGGCAACAGGCAUUGGAAAUUCAAAGAGCAGGAGGUGCAGCAGCAUUGCUUCAUAAUCUACACAAUGGAAUUGGUGUAUCCCUCAAACCAUUUCCCAUUCCGACAGUUGUCGUACUCGCCGCCGACAUGAAUUCGAUCGGAACAUACAUUCAAAGCACCCCAAACCCGACUGUUACGCUCUAUCCCCCGACUACUGUACAGCCCACAAACCCCAGCUCCAUUCAUGGCAGAGUUUUCAUCCACCGGACCAAAUACCAUCCAAUACAACCUUCUAAAGGCGCAUCAAGACACAAUCUUAUUUAUUUGCCUACAAACUGUCUUACACCAUCUUUAAUUUUGUGA